AGAGAUUUAUCAGUGCUAAAAACCACACUAACAAGGUAAACCCUGGCUGAUUAUAGAGUAGAAGAUAUACCAUUAGAAUGCUCAGUCAAAAAAAAAAAAAAAAUCUACAAAUAUUAGUAAUUAUCAUUCUAAAUUCAACAAACCAGCUGAGUCAUUUAAAAGAUCUAAAGGUUACAUAUUGUUGAUAUUUACAAUAUCAGCAGAGCACAAAAUACACCUUUUAUCUACUUAUUCUAUGAUAUUAUUAUUAUUGUUGUUAUAAUUAUUAGUAGUAGUGGUAGUAGUAACAGAUAUAAUAGUUUGUUAUGAUUAAACUUAAAAUGUAGCACGUGAACGCUGUAGAACCUGAUUUUACAUAGAACUGCAAUAUUCUUUAUAUUAAAAAUGCUGGAAGAAAUGCGCAUGGAAAAAACAUAUUUCCGAAGUAUUUCGUAAGAAUACGAUCAAAUAAAGAUAAAGAGGGGGAAAGGAAGAGGUGCCGCGCAUGCGCAGACGAGCGCUGCCUCGUAAGCACCGGCCUGAGUCGCCGGAGAAAACAAAUUGCGCGGAGAAGAGCGUGAGGAGCAGCAGCAGCACGCGGUGCGCAGCGUUACUGCUGCUUCCAUUGCACUUGGAAUAAAACAAAAAUCCGUCAAAAACAAAUUAAAGCCUGGCGUGAAGCACACAACAUGACUAAGACGCCUCCUCACCGCCGAGGGAUCACGUUUGAGGUGGGGGCGCCGUUGGAGGCCCGGGACAGUCUGAAGAACUGGUAUGCAGCCAAUAUUGAGAAAAUUGACUAUGAGGAUGAGAAGGUCCUGGUUCAUUACAGACAGUGGAGUCAUCGCUAUGACGAGUGGUUCGAUUGGAGUAGCCCCUACCUUCGCCCUGUGGAACGAAUCCAGCUAAGGAGACAGGGCCUACAGGAGCACAACAUGGCACCGGGUUUCCAAAUCAACCAGAAAGUUCUAGCCAGUUGGUCAGAUUGUCGCUACUAUCCUGCUAAGAUCCUCUCCCGGGAUAAAGAUGAUUUUUACACAGUGAAGUUUUUUGAUGGUGUUGUUAAGACAGUAAAAGGGAUAAAGAUUAAGCCUUUCAGUAAGGAGAAUGCGAGCAACAAGCCAGGGCAGCCAAGCCGAAAGCGUGCAGCAGGAAAAAACUGUAAAGCCAAAGAGAACGGUAGGAACCAUCAGGAUGAUGAGACCGAAUCGGAGGAAGAGGACUCGAAAGCGAUGGACGAGUGCAUCAAGUUUCAGGACACCAAGCCGCCUGAAAAGGAGCAGCCAGAGUUGAUGAGCGGACACGAAGCGCAGGAGGACGCGCCAUCAAGUGGAGACAUAAAGACAAAAGCGGAGGAGAACGGAGGAGAAGAAGCGAUGGAGAUUAAUGGAGGAGUCGGAGAAGAGGAGAAGAAAGUUGGAGCGCCUCAGAACGGCACCCAUGAGAGCUGUGGAGAGGGAAAAGAGAAAGACGAGAAAGAAAAAGAAUCCACUGAUGGCCAGAACAGGCGAGCAAAAGGCAGAGUAGUGGAGGAGAAAGACACAGAACAAGCCAGUGCUCCAGAGCUGAGGAAACGACGUGCGUCCAUGGGACAAACUCCUCCAUCCAAAAGGAGCAGAGCCAAUACUACAGACAGAAACAGUCGAUCCCAGAUCAGAGCUGCUAGAUCAGAUUCGGCCCCAGAAAGCUUCAGUGAUCAGGAUGGUCUCUGCCAGACAGGUCUCCUGGAGAACCCCAAGCCUAACGUACAGACGGAAUCUAAUCCUGAUCUCGCCGCACUUCUGCAGCGACAAGUCCACCUCCCAACCACAAAUAAGUACAGCAGGGAACCAUUGUACAGAGUCAUCAAGAACCAGCCGCCGCCCAUCCUCUCCAUCGAACUGGACCAUAACCCGUUUAAGUGUCAGGUGCCAGGCUGCACCAAGUCCUUCCGCAAGGCGUCUCUGCUGCACUAUCACAUGAAGUACUACCACUCUGAGAGCGAGCUGUGCUCUUCACACAGCCCCCACACACACAACUCCGAAUCUCAGGCCCAGGAGAGCCACAUGCACAGCUCCGAGACUCCUCGCAGACGCCGCACCGUUUCUGCAUCAUUAGACACUCCGUCUCCGCUGAGUGACAGUAAAUCCAGUCACACCCCGUCACCCCAUACUACCAACGGUGUGCAUCGUCAGCGCAGCUCCUCCCACUGCGAGAGGAGCAAAGAGAACCAGCACACCAACCGCACGCUCCAUGACGACAGAGACUGGGUCACCAUGGAAACGGAACGAGAGAAGCGGAGAGACAAGAAGCAGAGGGACUUUUGUAUUAAGCCAAAGAAGAAAAGAAGGAAGAAAAAGAGGUCAAAGUCAGACUCUCACGGCUGUGAUAAGAGCAAUGGCUUUAGCUCGUACCCCUGCAAUCCAAAUCUGUCUCUCAAAUUGCCCCCCUCCCACAAACACCGCUCCUACGCUGCACCCUUCUCUGAACCAGAGCUCGAUGAUGGCGAAGACAGCGGCAGCGACUGGUCAACAGACAGCCCUCUGUGGAGCGAGGAGGAGUCGGAGACGGGGCUCGAUCUGAGCACGUCUUUCUCUGAGCAAGGGGUGGAGACGGUGGGUCAUGACUCAGAGAUAGUGCGCUGUGUGUGCGAGGUACAGGAGGAGAACGACUUCAUGAUCCAGUGUGAUGAGUGUUUAUGCUGGCAGCAUGGCACGUGCAUGGGCCUGUAUGAGGACAGCGUCCCUGACACCUACAGCUGCUACAUCUGCAGGGACCCACCUGCUCAGCGACAGAGUCAGCGCUACUGGUACGAUAAGGACUGGCUCAGCAGCGGUCACAUGUAUGGCCUGCCUUUCUUAGAAGAAAACUACUCGCAUCAGAACAGCAAGAAAAUGGCAGCCACACACCAGCUCCUGGGCGACGUGCACCGCGUGUUUGAAGUGCUCAACGGCCUCCAGCUCAAAAUGAGCAUCCUGCAAGCUCAGGCUCAUCCCGACUUGAAGCUGUGGCGGCAGCCCUGGAAGCCCUCCGACGGCAUUCUCAGGAAGGGCACCGGGCAUUCCGGCCUGACCACGCCCUCUCCCUCGUCCCCUCGCACAGCAGACUCCACGGAUGGUGAACAGGUCAAUCCCAAACAGCCCGUGAAUCCCACCUGCUCCUUCCAGACGUCUUACAUCAGCAGCGAGCACUGCUACCAAAAACCACAUGCGUAUUAUCCUGCGCUGGAGCAGCGGUUGGUGGUGGAGACGCGCAACACUGAAGAGCUUCUGGAGCUCGAGACACGCAGACUGCAGCUGACCAAUGCUAAGGAGUUGGAGUGUCGCAUGAAGCUGCUGGCGGCGGCUGAACGGGAAAAGAGCUGUGCGGUGCAGGUUAAAACCGAGGAGCCUGACCCAGUGACCUGCGACUCCAAACCCGACCCUGACCUCCUGCUACACCAGCAGUGGCAGCUGAACCUGCUGGAACACAUCGAAGCCGUGCAGGAUGAGGUUAGCCACAGGAUGGAUCUCAUCGAGAGAGAGCUGGAUGUUUUAGAAAGUUGGCUUGACUACACAGGUGAGCUGGAGCCUCCAGAACCUCUGGCGCGACUCCCGCAACUCAAACACCGCAUCAGACAGCUACUGACAGACCUGGGAACAGUGCAGCAGAUUGCAUUGUGCUCUUCAUCCACAUGAGGGCGUCAGAACGCACACAUCUCCUCGGAAGCAUACAGAAGAGGAGACAUGGAAUUUUUUGAGACUUGAACCUGAACUAAAGCGGAUAAAGAAGUGGCUUCUAUGCUGUGAGGAAAACUGAGAGACAAAGCAAACUAACCAGUGCAGACAAAAGAAGAAAGAAAUGACUUGAACGUUUAAUAUGUUAAAAAGGUUUGAAUGUGGUUCAGGUUUAGGCAUCAGUUAUGCCUUGUUUUUCCCUUUUUUUUUUUUUUUUUUUUUUUUGAAGGACUAAAAUGGCAUUAUACCCAAGGGAUAUUAUUUUGGUUAUAAAACAAUUUUUUCAGCACUUAAAUUUAAUGAUCAUGAAUAAAAUAUUUUAUUCAGGCAGGUCGAUUUUUCUUUCUGCUAACGUUAUGCAAAGCCACCCUUUCAUACAUGACCGAUUUGUCAAGAACUGCUAGAAAAUUUGCCAUCUUCAUACGAAGAGACUCCAAGGCAGUGACUGUGGAUUUGUAGCUGUUAAACAUGGGAAAUGUUUAAAGGAGCUUCUAUUUUAAUCUCAAUGUACUUGCAUCUUGCUUUUAUAUUUGUAUUCAAAUAGACAAUGUAAAUUGCCUAUCCGUAAAAAAAAACCCUGUAAUUCAUGUUUUUGUUUGUUUUUUUCCCCCUAUUUGAUCAAAACUGUAAUGUUUACUGUGACUAAGUCUGCAUUCAUAAGUACAAUAAUCAUGAUAAUAACUUUACCUUUAUCCCUUGUGUAUUCUGUAGUACUGUUCCUCUCAUGUCUGCCAUUUAUAUAUAUAUAUAUAACGAGCACAAAAAGGGUAUCAUAUUUCUUUCCUUUUUUUUUUUGUAUUUUUCCACAAGCUCUUAUAGCAUACUGUACUGUUUUUGUUUUUUCCGUUUCCAUUUUAGGGCACUAGAUGCUCUUUUAACUUAUUGAAAUUGAGAAUUUAAGUUAUUGCUUCAGCUCUUGUUUUUCUUUUUUUUUUUCCUGGUCCGGGCAUGUGUCUGUUUGUAUGCUGAGUUAUGGACAGAAUGAUGUAAGUGUGUGUGUGUGUGUGUGUGUGUGUGUGUGUGUGCGAGAGCGAGAGCGAGCGAGCGCGAGCGUCAGAGGAGCAGAUGGGACCUCAGCAUGUGUUUAAGAGAGUGGAGUUCAGUGCCCAUUUCUCAAAUACGUUUCCUUUCAGUUUUUGAUAUUCCAGUGCAACAUAUUCUAAUGUAACAAUAUACAUUUUUUUCCAACAAAUUUGAUCCUCAAACUGUGGGAGACACUGAUGUUAUGUUGCGUGUCUGCCCUCCUUCAUCCCACAGUCACUGGAAAUACAGUAAUCAGACCUGAUUAUUUUAUAAAACAUUUAAGCACUUUGUGGCGUCCAAAUUCUUUUGGACUUCUCAAUAAAAAAAACACCGUCUCCAUAAUGCCAUGGAAACAUGGGUAAUCCUUUGUUGUGCUUAACCAUGCAUUAGCUGAAGCCAAGAAAAAUAAAAAUGUCCUGUACGUGCAGCUUCAUAA